AACCCUGCCCACUACACCUGACUAUAAAAUAAAUGCAAAUUAAAGACCUAAAUCAUCACUAUUAAAACCCACCCAAUCAAUCAACUUUCUAUCCACAUCUUACAUACCAAAAUGGGUGUAGAAAAUGGAGAGUUCAGCGUGAGGGUAACUAAUGAAGAAGUGGUGGCAGCAUUGGUUCCAAUGCAAGAACAUUGGCUACCACUCUCUAACCUUGACCUUCUUCUACCUCCUGUCGAUGUGGGAAUUUUCUUCUGCUACAAGAAACCCACCUCCACGUCCACCACCUUUGCAUCCAUGGUGGUGUCUCUCAAGAAGGCCUUAGCUCAGGCUCUUGUUACCUACUAUGCCUUUGCUGGUGAAUUGGUUGUGAAUUCCGCGGGUGAGCCUGAGCUUCUUUGCAAUAACCGUGGGGUUGAUUUUGCUCAAGCUGUGACCGACGUUGAGCUUGAGUUCCUCGAUUUUUAUAACCCGGAUGACACCAUUGAAGGAAAGUUUGUUCCCAAGAAGAAGCAUGGCGUGCUUGCUGUCCAGGCAACUUCACUAAAGUGUGGUGGGAUAAUAGUGGCAUGCACAUUUGACCAUCGCAUAGCAGAUGCUUACUCAGCAAACAUGUUCCUCGUCUCAUGGGCCGAGAUGGCCCAGCCCACCAAAUCCGGCAAGCCCACAAUCAUCAACGCCGCCACAAAACCAUGUUUCCGCCGCUCCCUUCUCAGCCCUCGCCACCCACCAGGUUCCAUCAACCCUUCCCUCCACCGCAUGUACAUCCCCAUCUCCAAGCUCCCCCCUCCUCCUACCACCGCCUCCGCCCCUUUCCUCAGCCGCAUAUACUACGUCACGUCAGAACAGCUCCACUGCAUGCAAUCACAAGCAAGCACCAACACUAAGCACACAAAGCUUGAGUCCUUCUCAGCUUUCUUGUGGAAGAUGGUUGCUUCCUCGGUUUCAAGCGGCAAAGGUUUCACCGCAAAAAUGGGCAUAGUCGUUGAUGGAAGGAAGAGGCUCAAUAACAUGAGUUGCUAUUUCGGAAACGUCCUUUCCAUUCCGUUCGGCGUGAAACUCGCGGAGGAGCUGGCGGAGAAGGAGUUAGGGCAGGUGGCGGAUGAGGUUCGUGACUUUGUGGCGGUCGCGGCGACAGAGGAGCACUUCUUGGGGCUCAUUGAUUGGGUGGAAGCGCAUCGGCCGGUCCCUGGGGUGGCGAGGAUUUAUGGCGGCUGCACCGGAGAAGGACCGGCUUUUGUGGUGUCUUCCGGGCAGAGGUUCCCGCAGGAGAAAGUGGACUUUGGGUGGGGGAAGGCUGUGUUUGGUUCGUACCAUUUUCCGUGGGGUGGUGAAGCUGGUUAUGUGAUGCCAAUGGCGAGCCCUUUGGGGAAUGGUGAUUGGGUUGUGUACAUGCACCUUUUGAAGGAGCAGUUGGAGUUCAUAGAGUCUCAUGUUGCUCAUGUUUUCAAGCCUUUAACUUGGGAUUACCUUAAUCAAUGAUCAUUGAUGAGUGAAUGUACUAGUGAUGUGUUUAAAAAGAAUGUUAUAUAUGUACUCGUGAUGUUAUUUGUUGCUAAGUGUUCAUUUAGUCAUUGUGAUUAACCAUAAUAAUACACAUAUGUGACGUGGUUGGUUAAACUUUGUCAUGCAUGGCAUAUUGUUGAUUUAAUUUGAAAGGGGCGUGCUUAGUUAA